GCAAAAAGAGGAUAAUUUGGCUCCAGAGUUCACCGUAAGAGAAAAUUCCGGAAAAAUGGUUGUCGGCGAGGCGAGCAUACACAACAUAAUGGGCGGCAUGGAGAGCACGGGCGGGGUGCGUCUUCACAAUCACAAACGGAAAUUGAAGCAGAGGUUCGACAUCAUCAAGAAGCUCGGCCAAGGUACUUACGGUAAAGUUCAGCUAGGCAUAAAUAAAGAGACCGGUCAAGAAGUGGCGAUUAAGACGAUCAAGAAAUGCAAAAUUGAAACAGAGGCCGAUCUCAUCAGGAUACGAAGGGAAAUCCAGAUAAUGUCGAGCGUGCAACACCCGAACAUUAUUCACAUUUACGAAGUCUUCGAGAACAGGGAGAAAAUGGUGCUGGUGAUGGAGUACGCGGCCGGCGGCGAACUUUACGAUUACCUGAGCGAACGCAAAGUCUUGUCGGAGCACGAGGCGCGCAGGAUAUUCCGGCAGAUAGCGACCGCGGUUUUUUAUUGUCACAAACACAAAAUUUGUCACAGAGAUCUCAAGCUGGAGAACAUAUUGUUGGAUCAAGUGGGGAACGCGAAGAUAGCGGACUUUGGACUGUCGAACGUGUUCGACGAGCAGAGGCUGCUGAACACGUUCUGCGGCAGUCCGCUCUACGCCAGCCCGGAGAUCGUCAAGGGCACUCCUUAUCACGGACCCGAGGUCGACUGCUGGAGCUUGGGCGUCCUCCUCUACACGUUGGUCUACGGUGCCAUGCCGUUCGAUGGCUCAAACUUUAAACGACUAGUCAAACAGAUCUCGCAGUCGGAUUACUUUGAACCGAAAAAGCCGUCGCCUGCCUCUCCUCUCAUCAAAGAUAUGCUGACGGUGAUGCCCGGCAAGCGAGCCGACAUAGAGAAAAUUUGCACUCAUUGGUGGGUAAACGAGGGCUACGAGCAAAACUGUCUGGACAUCGCGGAAGAGUUGGCCGCCCAGACGCCCGUGCGACUCGAUCUGUUGCUCUCCCUGGUGCCUCAGUCGGCCAGCGCGGAGAAGCUGGUGGUAGGCGACGACCCGCAAGCGGCCGGGGACGUCGGAAAUAACGUGUCUUCCGAGACUCUGGUACCCACCAGGUGCCAUUCCGUCGGCAGCUUGAUGGAGCUGGAUCGAAACAAUUCCGAUAGGAGGAUAAGGGAACUGCUCUUGCUGGAGGACGAGCAGAUGGUUGCCGCGCCGUCCACCGGCGACGCGAAACGAAAGCUCGAAACGACGCCGUCGAUGGACGAAACGGCUGCCGCCGGUGUCAAGAGGAAGGAACGAUCCAGGAGGAAGGAAAGGACCGAGGAGAGAGAACCUAGAACGUACAGAUCGGGAUCCAGGCAUCAUUCGGCUCCGAUUCCAAACUCGAUCACGGAAGAAGCUAUGGAAGUGGAUCCGGUGGUUCACACGAGCGACAUCGUCGACCCGAACGCAUCGGACUCGGCGGCCGGUUGCUUGGAGUUGAUCGAAGAGUGCAACGAAAGGUCGCCCAGCAAGGAACGAAGCAAAACGCCGAUACCACCGCCACCGGUACAAUCGCAGAACCGGGAAGAACCGAUCGCGGACGCGUCCAUGGAUACCGCGAAAUCGGCCGACCGCGACGAGAAAUUAUCGCGAAACGAGGCUGACGAGUCCUUCGAAGGAUUCCAGGAGACAUCGGAGAUCAACCAGCCCUCCGACGCCGAACAGAACUUGCCCGCGACAUCCGAGGAUCGUCCCAAAGGCGUUUCAAAGCCCCAAACCGUCAAAUCCGAGACGAUCGCUGAUCUAGGAAGCGACGACUCUGUCAGUUUAGAGGCGACGCAACGAGAGUUCAAGAAACUCAAAGAAAAGGCGCUCUCUCUCGACUCGGAACUCUCCGGAGAAGCCCGGGAGGUUCCGGCGAAAACGUUCGAGAGAAGGCGUUCCAAGAUAUUCGAAACCGCGGAAAAGUUCAACCAAAUGGCAUCGAGCGUGGAAACCGAGAAGCCGAAAAAGAUCUUCAUACCUGGCGUGAACGUGGGCGGCGCGAAACGCGUGUUCGAGAGGAAAGCCAGUCUGUCCUCUAUCGGCGCUCCACCUCCGGCGAAGCACAGCGCGUCCAAAAUUAUCAUCGACGUGCCGACGGACAAAAAGGCGGAAAAAUCCGUCGAGCAGCCGAAACUUCCUCGAGAGACUCGCAGCGACGAGCCGCUACGACAACAACAUCAGCAUCAGCAGCAGCAGCAGCAGGAGCAGGAGGAGGAGAAGAAGAGGGACGAGGCGAAAAAACGAGCCGUCGACAUAAUAACCGGCGCGAUUGGAAAGCCUCCCAUGCAGAGAAGAGUAAACGGAUCGCCGCCGGCUUCGCCGUCGGGAACCGGCCAGGAACCGAGGAAGCUUCCGUUGAAGAUACCCGUCGGAGCAAACGACAUGCGGACCGCCACCGUGUCGGUCUCCACGCCCGUCGACACCAACUUCGCGUUCGAGGUCAAGUCGUCGGAGGCGGACAAGAAGCGAGCAUCGAUCUCGAACGUCGCAACAACGUCCAGCGACAUCGCGGAUAACGAUUCUCAACCGGAGGAGCCGAGAAUGUCCAGCAAAAUGGAGAUAACUCUGAAGAGCGCGACUCUGCCGAGGCCGCGAAAGACGAGCAAAGCCGAGAUCUCGUUGUCGGGAACAAAGUCGUCGGAACCGGCGGCGUUCAGAUCCGAGGUGGAAGCGAAGAUCGACGCGUUCCACCCGCAGAAGCUGCGAACGCAAAGAUCCGAGGUGGCCUUCCCCGUCGCGGCCGCGAUCCCGCAGCCGAACCGAAGCGCGAGCCUCGAGCCCGAGUUCAGACCGAUGAACGUCGCUCCCAAGGAGAGGAUAAUACCGAUACAGGUCGAAGGCGACGGCGAGCGGUCGUUGCAACGCUCGUCGGCGAGCCCGCCAACGUCGCCGACGUCUCCUCCGUCGAUGCCCGCCGCGCCCAAGCCACCGAUGCCGCAAAGAUCGAUCUCUCAACGGUCGGGAUCGCUGUCCCGCCAGUCCACCGCUGAUUCGGACACCGACAGCGCUCUGGGCUCGACCGUCGGUCCGGAACCGAUCAGGAAGAGUCCCAGAGAGUACAUAAUUCCUAUCGCGGUCGAGGGCGGUGGUUACGUCACGCCGAGAUCGGGCAGCGUGGAGCCGGAAAGCAAGGCCGGCACGCCGACGAGCGCCAACACGUCCAGGUCCAGGUUCGGCAGACCCCGAAGAAUGAGCUCUCUGCUGUCGGACGCCAGCGAGGACGAGUCCGCGUUCUCCACGUUGCAGAGAGACAGCGAGGACCUCCUGCAGAGGCACAUGCAUCGACUGAGAAGCUCCCGGCCGUCGAGGCAACCCCCGGAACACGCGGACAGCUUGUCUUCCGGCGAGGACGACGACGACGACGGGUUCGAGCUGCUCACAGCCGAGAAUCUCUUCUCCACGCUGCUCUCCAGAGUGCGGAGCUUGACGCAGAGACUGAACGUGGACGAUAACCGAAACGCCGGCUUCCCCAGUUCCCGGCUGUUCGGCAGGCUGGGACCGAACACGUCGCAAGCCUUUUGGGGUCUGAACAAGCCGUUAUCGAGCUACCAGACGUAUGUCGAAACGAGGACUGUGACUACGCGGUUGACGGAGUCCCAGUUCAGGCAUUCGCUGAGCCGCGACGGCGACGCGUUCUUAAGGAAAGAGUCCGUCGACUCGACGAGUCCUGGAAGCCCGAACAACGGCCCGAGAUCGCACAGUACUCCCACGAGGGAGACCGUCUUCGAUAUCGGCAACAACACCUUGCCAAGAGAUAAAGUAGACCGCGAAGACGCGGAGCCGGAGCCGGCACGAGUCAGAAAAGAAACGCGGGAAUCGCUGGAGCGUAGCUUCACGCCGAGCUUGGCGAAGCGGCUGAGCAGAUCCUUCAUCGAGCAAACCAGGCGAUCCCUGCCUUACGAGAAGCGAUACCGACGCUCGCCCGGCAGAGAGACCACGCCGACCGCGUUCCUGGACGCGCCCGAGGCGGCCGUCUCCGACCGGACCGAGUACAAGGAGCAUCGCCUCCCGGCCAGUCGGACCGGCGUGCGGCGCUCCAACAGUCUGCUGGAGCCGGGCGCCAGCAGGGACGCGUACCGCUCGGCCCCGUCGCCGGUCCCGGUGCCGAGGCGCAGCGUCAGCCUGUUCGACGACGACCUGGACCUAGACCUAGACCUCCGCCUGGAGCUGGACGCGGCCAGCGCGGCGCGCGCGCCGCCCGCCGGAAAGCUGCCGCGCAGGGAGAACUUCCAGUCGUACAGGGCGGACAAGAUUCAAGAGGAGACGGUCGACGACCGGUCCGAGCUGGAGCGCGUCGACAGCUACGCGACCGACAACGGCUCCGUCUCGGACUGCGCCUCCGGACAGUCCGGCAACCCGCCGGACGCCGCGUCCAGCGUCUCCACGAAAUCGUACGACACCUCGCCCACCACCGAAUCCUCCUCGAACGCGCUCGACUACAGGCCCUUCUCCUUCUCGUACGCCGGCAAGUCGGACCGCUCGAGGAGCUUCGAGAACAGGCUGCUCGCCGCCGAGAAUCUCAUCAAGGAGUCGAAACUGCGCAACCUGGGCGCCAACAAGUUCGACCCGAACCUCAGCUCCAACUACCGGGACACCGACAAGUGCGAGAAACAGUCGUUGAUUUCCAUCGGCGAAACGACCGGCUGCUCGGCGGCGAACCCGAGCAAACGGAGGAGUUGCAUACCGAGCCUGCGGCUGCGCUCCGGCUCGCUGUCCAGGGAUCCGACCUCGUCCGUGGAUCGCCGCAAGUCGUUCGCGGACACUCGCGACCUCGGCUGCGCCGCCGCGCGAGCUCUCACCCCGGAAAAGUCUAUUCUCAGCAAAAUCUUCAGAUCCGCCGGCAACCGGCCGGACAAGGAGGCGGACCAGAAGGAGAAGGACAAGUCGCAAAAGUCGAAGCAGCACAGGAUAUCGCGGUUUCUGCGACCCGACUUCUUCGACACGCCGAGGGAGGAGAGCAAGUACGCCAAGGAGAAGGAGGAACGGAAAGCGGCGGAGAACGAGAGGCGCAAGUCGCGCUUCAUGCGUCGAAAGACCGAGAACAAGGGGCUCGAGGCGACCGCCGUUCAACAGGAGAGCCGAGAGAAGGAGCUGAAGAACGAGAUCAACGCCCUGAGGAAGGAUCAUCGCUCGGCGGACGCUGCGCAGGAGAAGCUGGAUAGGGAGGCGGAGGCGGCGGCGCUGCUGCCGCUGCCCAACGAGCAUCCGGACGCUGGCCAACGGAAAGUCGAGAGGUACGGUUCGCGCAACAGCUUCUUGCACUCGCUCGAGAAGAAGCUGGAAAGGCUCCGAUCGAGCGAAGAGGCGACCGCCACUCUGACCUCGACCCCGACGCAAACUCCGACGGAAAGCCCGACGCAGACUCCGACGCAGUCCCCGACUCCCGUCAGCACUCCGGUCACCACUCCGAUCACCACUCCGACCAAACUGUUGGCGAACGGAGGAAUCCCCGUAGAAUCGCGCGAACGCUCCGCUCCGCCGGGCGAGCAUCGCUCGUCCCUAGAGUCGGGUUCCCUCCAGAAAGCGGUCAGCGUGGAAGACGUGACCGCGAGCAAACCUGCCGGACGACCGUCUUCCAAGAGCAAAGUAUCGACCGUGCUGGGAUUGUUCAGAACCGCGGACGCGUCGAAACAGACGACGGCCGCGAACCGCGGCCAGACCGCGAUCCUGAGCAGGCUGAAGAAGAGCCCUCCGCAGUCCGCGAAAGGGGACGCGGCGGCUUCCGGCGAGGACGCGUCCUGCGCGAACGGUACCAGCGGCAACGGCAACGGCAACGGCAACGGCAGCAGGAUACCUACCAAACUGACCAAGACCGAGCCCAAGCCGACCAAGAAACCGAUCGGAGACGGCAAGAAGCUCGCCGCCGAGAAACUCGGAUCCGACGUCGAGUCGCCGAAGCGAUCUCCGCCAAAGGAGAAAGUCCCGAUCGCGAAAGAGAAGAGGGAGAAGAGCGAAAAGGAUCCGAAAAGUUCGAAAUCGGCCGACCGAGAGUCCGCGGACGCGACUCGCGGCAAGUCGAACGGCGAAGUGAAGCGGGCCGAGGAGCCCGCCGACAGGAGGACGGACAUUCCUCGCGAAGAACCCGCGAGCGGCGGCACGAUCGACAAGAAACAGCUCAAGACCAGGAAGAAUCGAUCGCUGGCGGAGGCCGGCUCGGCCGACGACGCCGACAGAAAGACCGCGCGAAAGACGAGCAAGGGUUCCGAGACCGGAGAGAACGCGGACGGCGACGAAACUAAAAAGAAAAAGGUGGCGCGAACGGUGAAGAAGCUCGCGAAGAAACCGUCCUCCGACGGUGCCGAUGGCGCCGACGGCACCGACGACAAACCGGACGAGUCGGGGAAAUCCGCGAAACCCCGAACUAAAAAGAAACCGGCCUCCGCCGGCGAAUCGUGCUCGGAAUCGGCCGUCGCCGCCAAGACCCCUCCGAAAUCGAAGGAGAACGGCGUCGAGGUCCAAACGAACGGCAAGUCCUCCGCGCGCUCCAGUCUCGCCGACUCCGUCAAGCUCUCGUCCAAGUCCGAUUCCCAGGAAUCCGAACACGCCGGGAAGACCAUCGGCAAGCCGUGCUCGUCCGCCUCGACGGCCGCGACCACUCCACCGAAGAGACCGAGCGUCGGUAACCUCGGAGCGGAGGAGUCGUCGCCGAACGGUCACCAACCGAAACCGAAUCAAGAAUUUCAACGCGCGAACAGGAGUAACUUGAAGCUCGACCUGUCCAAGAUACCUCAGCACUCGUUCAGAAACACCACGCCGAAGAAGGAGUCGCCGAAAUCCGCCUCGCCGGUCGUUUCUGCCGGGGAAUCUCAAGAUCUUCCCGACAAACUGAUGGAAUGUCUGUCGAAAGUGACGCAUCGCGCUUCCAUCACCGGAAACAAGAUCGUGAUCGACAAACCGCUGCGCGCCAAGGACGUCGCAGAGUUGAAGAGGGAGGUGACCGAGUGCGCCAAGAUCCUCGAGAGUCACGCGGAGGUCGACGACCGGGAACCGACGAAAACGCACCACCGGACGGAGUCGCUGGAAAAGAAAGACGAGGAGAAGCGAAUCGUCGCGACCUCGACGGCCGCGCCCGUGCAACCGAUCGCUCUGGAUUCCUCGCACUCGAACGAAUCCAAAGAGUCCAAAGAACCCAAAGAACCCAAAGAACCCAAAGAACCCAAAGAAUCGACCGAGUCGAAGGCGUCGCCGAUGGAUUACGCGAGCGAACCGUUCUCGCCGGUCGAAGAGCCCGAGAGCUUCGAUUCUUGGUCGGUGAGCUCGGCCGAGCUGAAUCACGCUCGAACAGAGGUGCACUCGCCGACGUCCCCGUCGCUCGCUUCGUACGGGAGGACCGAUAAUUCGGAAUCGGUGAUCGAUCGGAUCCGCAGACGGAGCUUUUAUUCGCGAUUCAACGACAGACGGAGACCGUCGCUGACCGCGCCGCCGCCGGGCCUGGGGCUGUCGGCGAGCGGCGCGUCGUUGCCGCGAAAGUACAGCUUCAGCGGGCACAGGGAGCUUCGGGACCGCGGCAAGUACGGGGCCGCCGGCGCGUACGGCCUCGGGCCGGUCCAGUCGAUCGGGUCCAGGCACGGGGAUCAACACCGCACCAGGAGCUUCGACCUGUACGCCGACGACGCGGUCGCCGCCACCGUCGCCGCCACCGUCGCCGCGCGAAACCGAUCCCUCGAGAGGCCGAGGUACUCCGACGCGGCGGCCGCCUCCUCGUACGCCCCGUCCUCCUCCUCCUCGUCGACGUCGCCGUUCCCGAUGGCCCCGUACCCGUACAUCGGCGCCGAUUCGAGGUCCUCGAUCGAUCACCUGCCGCCCCUGUCCUCCUCGUACGACCCGCUCCGGCGAUACAUCAGGUCCCCGACCUUC